UAAGCUGACCAUAAUAAUAACAACAGCGGAGCAGGGUCGCGAUAGGAAUGUACCGAGUUCUUCCUCUCCUUCGUGCGGCGACGUUACGAUAUUAAAACACACAUAUACGCAAUUUUAUUGUGCUCCGACGAACAAAUAUGAAUGACGAUUGAGAGACUUCCUCGUCGCUGAGGGGGACUCGGAUCAACGAGAACCGAGAACGAGCGCGAGGUGCGCCUUUGGAGGUUAGGAUCGAGCGCAGAAAUCGUCAGGCGCGAGAGACGACGACGACGACGACGGGUGAGAGGGAUGGCCGAGAAGGAGAACGCCGUGGCCGGCGGCUCGUCGAUGACGCAGUGCUACGAGAAUUACAUCAUCGUCGACGUCGGCGCGAAUCUGACGAACAAGAAGUACAGCCGGGACCUGGACAGCGUGAUACAGAGGGCGAAGGACGCCGGUGUGCAGAAAAUCAUGGUGACAGGCGCGAGCAUCCGUUCGAGCAAGGAGGCUCUGAGACUGACUAGAAUAUACCCGGGGACGCUGUAUUCGACCGCCGGCGUGCAUCCGCACGACGCGAAGUCGUGGGAGGAGCCGGACACCCUGCAGGAGCUCGAGAGCAUAGCCGGGAAUCCGGAGUGCGUGGCGAUCGGCGAGUGCGGCCUGGACUACAGUCGCGACUUCUCCGCGCCGGAGACGCAACGGGCGGUCUUUCACAAGCAGAUCGAGCUGGCGUGCACGUUGAACAAGCCGUUGAUCAUCCACGAGAGGGGGGCGCAGAAGGACGUGCUGGAGGUCCUCGGCCGGUACGAGAAUCGGCUGCCGCCUGUCUUGAUCCACUCGUUCAUCGGCACCGCGGACGAAGCGCAGGUUUAUCUGGAUCAGGGCUUCUACCUCGGCAUCACGGGUUACCUGUGUAAGGACAAGUCCGACAGCGGAAUCAGGCAGCUGCUGGAGGGCGGACAGGCGCCGUUGGAGAGAAUCCUCGUGGAGACCGACGCGCCGUUCAUGUAUCCCAACACGAGAGCGAGCAAAUUGCCGGUUCACGUGAAGGACGCCCUCACCGAGCGUUCCAUGACUUUCCUCCAUCGUUACUGCACCUUCCAGCGUAACGAGCCGUGCGCCUUGCCGGCGAUCGUCGAGAUGGUCGCGGCGUUCAUGCGCACGACACCGGAGGAAGUCGCCCUCGCCACCGCUUUCAACGCUCUGAAACUAUUUGGGCUGAAUCAAUGAUGACGGCAGUCAUCUCUCUCGAGAUUCCGAGGACGAGAUCUGGUGCUAGUAGGUGCUACCCACGGUAAAAUUGCAUUCUUCUCUAAAGGGGGUCUACAGUGAGAAUUUAAGGCGCAAGGUUUGAGAAACUGACCAAUCGUAAUCGAUCUUUCUUCUAUAGCUCGACUCUGAUUGGUCAGUUUUUUUUUUUAAGGCUUAAAGGCUUACAGCUUGAAGUAUCUACACUGAGACUAACGCGUCUAACAACGUGCUUCAUUUGAGUCCCUGAUAUAUCCGUUUCUUUAUAUUCUGUUUCGUUCUUUUAUCGAACGGUAAUGUGAAAAUUUCGGCUGCUUGUAGAACACCUGGGCGAACGUUUACCGGUAAGUUCGCGCGAAUCUGUGACUUGUUAGAGGAUCACGAAAAUUUGUAUGUUUUUUUUGCGAUACCUAUAUACAUUUAAUCCAUUUAAUCUAUAUAUAUAUAUAUAUAUUAUAUAUACAUAUUCGUCUAUGUGUAUGUACGGAAUAUUUUUAUCAUUUAUCGACAUUUCUGGAUUCCCACGUCUCUCUUCAUUUUGUUG